AUGUCAGCCACUGAACAACAAGCUAAUAUCGGCAAAGUACUUAGCUUUCUCCGGGACUGGGACCGAGGUGACAGGACGGUCCGUGGCCGCAUGUUGAACUCCUUUGUAUCUCAGAACACAAGGAAGACUUAUUACGAGUUGGAGCUGGAGUUUGCACAGAUUGCCAGCCUGUUCCUGGCACGAGUCACUACUUGGAUGAGACUCACAUACAUGUUUGGAACAUUCUUGGAUUUGCAAUUGAAAGCAAUUGGGAUUUUCCUCUCUGCAUCAAGCCAUGAUCAGUUCAUCAUGGAAUUCCUUGAGGAUGGAGGUGUGCUCACUCUGCUGGAGAUCUUGGGCCACUCUAAAAGAAAAGAGGAGGAAAAGGCAGAGGCGCUACAUCUUCUUCUCACUGUUUCAAAAAGUGGUCGCAAAUACAAAGAGUUCAUUUGUGAAAGCAAUGGUGUGAAAGCUAUAGCAGAGGUAUUGGCUAUAUCAAACACAGAUGAAACAAAAGAGACAGCUCAGGCACUCCUGGAGUCCCUGUCCAAUGGUAAUCCCAAAUAUCAAAACCAAAUCUACAAAAGUCUGAUUGCUCUUAUGACCUGUUCCUCCCCAAAGGCUCAGCAGCUGGUCCUAUACACCUUGCACCCUUUGCAGUCCAAAAUGAGAACAGCAAGUCAUAGCAUUGUGGAGCCUCUACUGAAAAAGCUAAUGUCCUUGCACCUGGAAGUUCAAAAUGGAGCUAUAAACCUGAUCCUACUCCUGAAGUCUUAUGAUGUGAGGCCUGUGCUGCUCAGCGGGCUGGUUGCUCUGCUGAGGCCUACAAAAGAAGAAGUACAGGAGCACCAGAAUACAGGGGAGGCUGAGAUAAUCAAGACAGCUGGAUCUCUGCCUGUGUUUGUGCAGCAAGCUGCUGCAGCUAAAACUAUACGCUUACUGGCUGAGGACAGCCCAGAAGUAUCUUGUGAGCUUCUUUCUCUUGGAGUGGUUCAACAUCUUCUGUUCGCUCUGGGAAACAGAGAGUACACUGAUGCCCAAUUACAAGCCAGUCUGGCUUUGAAGCACUUUGUCCACUCAGACCCUGCUAUAGAGGAACAAGUAAAGAGAAUCAUUGGCAGAACACUGUUUACGGCCUUCAUGCACAAAGCUGAAACUUUAUACAUGAAUAUAGAUGAAACACAAGCAGAAUUUCUGCUUAACAACAGCCUGAACGUAACUGAGGAUAAAGGUUUGGAUGGUGGUAAAUCUGAAGGAUGA